AGAUGGAAUAAAUAACAGAGAAAUCUGAAAAUGAAAUUGAUGGAAGAAGAAGAGAAGAAAAUAACCGAAGAAGAAGAAGAACAAGUAUGGUGGAGUUGGGGAGCAGGAACGGAGGGACAGUUAGGGACAGGAAGGUUUCAGGACGAACAUCUCCCUCAACUCCUUCCUUCUCUCUCCUCUUCCGGACCCAUCUCUCUCCUCUCUUGCGGCGGCGCUCACGUUAUCGCCCUCACCACCAGUGGGAAGGUGCUGACAUGGGGAAGAGGCACGUCUGGUCAACUGGGUCAUGGGGAUUUGGUUAACAGCUUACAACCAAAGCCUUUGGAGGUUUUCAAAAGCACUGUUGUCACUCAUGUUUCUGCUGGGUGGAACCACUCUGGGUUUGUUUCAGAUACCGGAUGCCUUUUUACAUGUGGAGAUGGAUCAUUUGGUCAACUUGGGCAUUGUGAUUACAAGUCCCAUUCUUUUCCGGUAAAGGUCUCAUACUUUGCUUCAAAGCAUGUUGAGCAGAUAGCAUGCGGUAUGCGCCAUUCACUAGUCCUGUUGAAAGGUCAUUCAAGAGAUCAAGUAUACGGAUUUGGGUCUGGUAAGCGCGGUCAACUGGGUAUUUGCAAGGAUAAAAUUGGAUCAAUAAAUGUUCCUCAAGUUACUCUUGGGUUGGGACAUGUCAAAAUCACUAGCAUUUGUGCAAAUGGAGAUCACAGCGCAGCUUUAUCUGCUGAUGGAAAUCUAUACAUUUGGGGAAGAGGGUUUAGCGGCACUUCAAAUGAUUACUAUCCCCAGUGUUUAACUUCAUCCUUGUCUUUCACCCAGGCUGCUCUUGGAUGGAAUCAUGCUUUAGGAUUAACAGGUGAUGGGGAAGUGCAUAUGCUUGGUGGCGACCGCCAUGGAGAGCUCAGCAAGUCUCAGAAAAUGACCCCAGUGAAGCAUUUGUCAGAAGGUUCAAAGGAAGCCAUUAUGGAGAAAAUUCCCGGUAUUGAUAUGAUUAAAGUUCUAGAGAUUGCAGCAGGAGCUGAGCACUCGGCUCUAAUAACAGAGAAUGGAUUAACAAUGACAUGGGGUUGGGGUGAACAUGGUCAGCUUGGCUUGGGAAAUACAAGUGAUCAAAGUAACCCUCAAAUGGUCAGACUCGGCCACAUAUGUACAAACAGACACACCACGUUCAAAGUUUACUGUGGAAGUGGGUUCACAUUUGCUGUAAGGAAAGAUCGUCUCCCUUCCCGGACUUGACUUAUCUGCAUUAGGAAUGACAACCUUAUUUGAUGUCUCUUUAGAAUCCCAAAUAGCCAUGAAAGGAACUAAGGAAUAGAAUUCUUUCACAUACGAUUCGAUUCAUCUACUCCUUUUGUUUUUCGUGUAAAAAUAUCUUGAAAGGACGGAUUCUCACUUUUUAAUGGGAAAAUAUGAUUGAGGGCCACAGUUCUGUGAAACUUGGAUGGCAUGCAUCUCCUACGGAAUGAAGUCGUUGGAGCUGGGUUUUUUUUCCAGGCAACCAGUCUUAAAAGAUGAAGAAAUUGCAUAUUUUGUGACUGAAGUGGAUGACCUGUUCGUCUUGUUGCAGCAAUUGUAGACCGAAGAACUGUUCAAUACUCUUAAAAUGUAUUAUUACUUUUACUGUAAUGACUCCAGCUUUUGUGGACUUAAUGAAAGUGAAUGGUAAUAUACUUAUCAAGGCCUGACUCCUAUUAGAUGCUACUGUUGUACCAUCAAGA